ACUGCUGGACGGACAGACAGAGCAGUCUAUGCACAGCCUGGGAGGGAGCCUGCCGUGCACUGCACAGGACUACAGGGAGCGUGGGACUAUGCUGUUCAUUUGGGUGCUAGUGUUUGCUGGAGUCCUGCAGGAACACGAGCUCUUUGCUGCUGCAGAUCCUACCAGUCUGUUACCUGGAAGUUUGGGAAGCUGGUGCCACGAACAUGAUACAAUGCAUGAACGCUUAGACAUUAUUGAAGAGAAGGUAAUAAAAACUGUGGAGCAUCUAGAAUCAGAAGUCAAAUCACUCCUCAGUAUCAUCAGUGAGACAACAUCAGACCUCCCCAUUGCCGCGGGAACCCCACUGAUAGACAUUUUUGAUGAUGCCAGCUGAGCACAGUGGAGACUGAAGACAGCUGAAUGUAACAGGACGGCUGUUAUGAACAGUUGCAAAUUUGUUCAUUUAAAAAGCUCCCUGGUGUUUCCAGAACUUGAGCAGAGAUGUACACUCCUGAAAGUACUUCUCAUUUUGUGUUCUUUUGCUUUUCAAUAAAAAGUUAUUGGCUUUUAGAUAUCA